AUGUGUUUAGUUUACCCAGAAUGUGGCAGUACGAAUGUGAUCAACGUUAUUGAUGAGCUAGAAAAAAUCACGGUUCCUGUUCAACCAGAGGGGAAUAACAUGGGCGGUAGGGAGGAUAUGAAUGUUUUUAGGUCGAGUCUCAACUCGUAUGCGGACAAGGUCAAGAAUAGUGUUCAUACGAAGAAGGAAGUUAAUUUCAGGUGGAUGGAGGCGACGGAAACUUGUAAGGAUGCUGAUGUAGUUAUACCCCGUGAGGUAAUUCGAAAGGUCCAAGAUAAAUUUGAAAAUGUUUUGUAUGGUUAUUUCUUGGGUAAUCGGCUUCCUUUUCCGGUGGUGGAAUAUUACGCUAAAAACGUUUGGGCUAGGCAUGGGUUUUCGAAGAUUAUGAUGAAUGCGGAAGGGUUCUUUUUCUUUAAAUUUGACUCCAAGGAGGGUAUGUCUCAGGUGCUAGAGAAUGGUCCGUGGUUGAUUAGAAAGGUGCCUUUGUUCUUGAAUGUUUGGACUCCCUCGGUUAGUCUUAGAAAGGAGGGAAUUAAGACGGUGCCUGUUUGGGUGAAGUUGCAUAAUGUCCCCAUUGCGGUGUAUACGGAUGACGGAUUGAGCUUGUUAGCGUCUAAAUUAGGGUCCCCCAAGCGGCUUGACGGGUAUACAGCUGAUAUGUGUUUGGAUAACUGGGGUCGGAGUAGUUUUGCCAGGGCUUUAAUUGAACUAAACGCGGAUUCUGAGAUUAAGGAAUAUGUCACUGUUGCUAUUCCAAAGCUUGAUGAGGAUGGUUAUGUCACUGAAAAAAUCAAAGUAGAAUAUGAAUGGAAGCCUCACCGGUGUUCGGGUUGUUGUGUUUUUGGUCAUAAUGAUCAAACAUGUCCUAAGAAUGCGAAUAAUAAGAAAGAGAAGCAAGUUGUGGUGGAUGAGGAUGGCUUUGUUACUGACAAAAGGAGAACGGCUAGAUUUGGAGUGAUGCCAAGGAAGCAAAAACAAAAGUUCCUUUACAGACCAAAGGUGGUUAAUGUGGGUGCUAGUUCGUCGGGUACAAGUCAUGAUAAGCCUGAAGUUGUUAAAGCCGGAACGAGCAAGUCGGAUAAGAAGGAGGAGGGGCCGGGUGGUAAGCAUACUGAAAAUGUUAACACCAGGAAUUCCUUUGAAGCUUUGGCCACGGAUGAGGGGGAAGUCAUUGUUGAUGCGGUAGGGAUUCAUAAGGAGGAAAGAGCAAACAUGAAGAAAGGAAAUGGGAAGAAUACCCAAACCGAAGAAGAGGUGGUAGAGAAGCUACCAACGGAAAUGUCUUCGUUUAUGAGGCAUGACCAGCGUAAAGGUUCUGAGGGGGCAAGCACUCCCAGUCCAAUCGCUGUUUGUGGCAUUCUUGAGUCUCAUGUGGAUAUCACAAAACUUGACAAGGUUUGUAAAGCCGUCUUCAGGUCUUGGUCUUGGACGUCAAAUGGUGUGUUGUGUGAUCGGGGUACUAGAAUUAUCUUGGGUUGGAAUGAGGAUGUGGUGGACCUUAUGGUGUUGUCUCAAUUGGACCAAGUUAUUCACACUCAAAUCCGGCUUAAGAGUGAGAAUAAAUCUUUCUUUUGUUCGUUUGUGUAUGCAAAAAAUACGUAUCAGGAAAGAAGACCGCUUUGGGAUAAUCUAUGCAGGCAUAAGGCUUUGUGUCAUGAUAAACCUUGGGUCGUUAUGGGGGAUUUUAACGUUGCUUUGCAUGUUAACGAUUCGUUAUAUGGUUCAUCCGCCUGCUCCAUCGGUAUGCGUGAAUUUCAUGAUUGCGUUCAAUAUGCAGAGCUCCUGGAUAUUAAGGGUCAUGGUCUUCAUUAUACUUGGAGUCAAAAGCCGAGAAAUGGGGUGGGGUUGCUGAAAAAGAUAGACCGGGUUAUGGGGAACGUGAAGUACCUAGAGAUGUACCCUGAAGCGUUUGUUUUAUACCAUCCCUUUCGUGUUUCUGAUCAUACGCCGUGCAUCCUCAAAAUGUCCAAUACGGUGAGGGUUCGACCGAAACCUUUUAAACUAGCUAAUUUUAUUACGUCCAAACCGGAGUUCACGUUAUAUGUGGAGCAGGAAUGGAAGAGGAGUGUCGAUGGCUUUACUAUGUUCUCGGUAACACAGAAACUCCGAAACUUGACGCCUUCUAUGCGUAAAAUUCUGGCCAUGCAGGGUAACUUGCAUGUUAAAGUUUCGGAUCUAAGAAAGAAACUCGAUGGGCUUCAGGAGCUGAUAGAUGCAAACCCGCUUGAUGUUGAUCUUAGAACCAGGGAAGCAGAAUGCCUUAAUGAGUUCAGAAUUGCAUCAUAUGAUGAAGAAUGUUUUUUGAAGCAAAAGGCAAAGGUAGAAUGGUUAUGUGCGGGGGAUUCUAAUACGUCCUUCUUCCAUAAUAUGGUGAAAUGUAGGAAUGCGAGAAGCCGAAUCCAAUCUAUUAGGGAUGUGGUUGGGAAUCGGUUUAAUGUGGAUGAUGUCCCAAAUGCUCUUGUUGAUCAUUAUGAAAAAUUUCUGGGUCGAGAGGAUCAUGUCUCAAAGCUUGACAUGGAUGUUUUUCGAAACGUUAUGACUACGAAUGCUGCGGAGCACAUGGUUCGUCAAGUCACUCGUGAAGAGAUAAAAACGGCAAUGUUUAGUAUUGGUGAGAACAAAGCCCCGGGUCCAGAUGGUUACACGUCCGCAUUCUUCAAAAAAGCUUGGGAUAUUGUGGGCACAGAAGUGUCGAAUGCUAUCUUGGAGUUCUUCGAAAAUGGUAAACUUUUAAGGCAAUUAAAUCACACGAUUCUUGCUCUUAUCCCUAAAGUGGACACUCCAGACUCGGUUCUGGAUUAUAGGCCUAUUUCGUGUUGCAAUGUUUUGUAUAAGUGUAUUAGCAAGAUCAUCACGGAACGUAUAAAGGGAAGCUUGGGGGAGUUGGUUAGCAUUAAUCAAUCGGCGUUUGUUCCAGGUAGAAAGAUCUCUGAUAAUAUCCUUCUUACUCAGGAGUUAAUGCAUAACUAUCAUUUAAACCGAGGCCCUGCUAGAUGUGCUUUUAAGAUCGAUAUCCAAAAGGCCUAUGACACUGUCAGCUGGUCGUUUUUGGAGGAUGUUCUUAAUGGGUUCGGGUUUCAUUCGAAGAUGGUUACUUGGAUUAUGGCCUGUGUCUCUUCGGCUUCUUAUUCGAUAAGUAUUAAUGGGAAUUUGCAUGGCUAUUUUAGAGGUAGAAGGGGUUUGAGGCAAGGUGACCCUAUGUCGCCAUACCUCUUCACGCUAGUUAUGGAGGUCCUUUCGUUGCUACUCCAGCAUGGGGCGAGAUCUAGCUCAGCCUUCAAGUUCCAUGCUCAUUGUGUGAAGCAAAGGAUCAUAAAUGUCUCGUUUGCGGACGACCUUUUCAUUUUUGUGCAUGCUGAUUUAUUUUCGGUCAAAAAGGUGCGAGAUGGUCUUGAGAACUUCACGAAAGUUUCAGGUUUGGUGCCAAGUCCAGCUAAGAGUACAGCUUAUUUUUGCAAUGUGCCUCAAAGUGUUAAAUGCGAGAUACUUCACAUUAUGCCGUUUCGGGAGGGGAAUCUUCCGGUUCGUUAUUUGGGGGUGCCGCUUAUUACCACAAAGCUGAUGUUUAAAGAUUGUAAACCUCUUGUUGAUCGCAUGGAGAAGAGGAUUGAUAGUUGGCUUAAUAAAUCGCUAUCUUUCGCGGGUAGAUUGCAACUUAUUAAUUCGGUUUUAUCAGCUAUGCACAUUUAUUGGGCCUCAGUAUUUAUUAUUCCGACCCGAGUUACACAUGAUCUGGAGAAACUAAUGCGACGGUUCUUAUGGAACGCUCACAGUCAAGGUAGAGUGAAAGCAAAAGUGGCGUGGUCUGAUGUUUGUUUACCAAAGGAUGAAGGGGGCUUGGGAAUUAGGAGUAUUUCGGAUGUGAAUAAGGCUCUUAUGACUAAUCAUCUUUGGAGUAUUAUUACGGAAAGGAAGUCCCUUUGGGUUCAGUGGAUCCAUCUUCAUAAAUUAAAGGGUAGGAGCAUUUGGGAUAUCCAAGCUCGGGGUAGUGUCAGCUGGGGUUGGCGGAAAAUCCUUUCUAUCCGGGAUGCGGUUCGCCCGUUUAUAUGGAAGAUUGUUAGGAGCGGCUCUAAAAUAAACGCUUGGAGUGACAAUUGGUGCCAGUUCAGUCCGCUUAACUCAUUUAUUACGCCCAGGUCAAUUGCUAAUGCGGGUUUUACCAUUACUACUUCUUUAGCGGAGCUGAUGGAUGAAAACGGUCAAUGGAAGUGGCCGUCUGCGUGGUAUGAUAUUUACCCGGUCUUGAUAGGGUUGAAUGCUCCGACUUUGACGCAUAAUCUGGAUGAUAGAACAAUUUGGAAAGAUUUGGAGGGCAAUUCUCGUCCGUUUGGUUCGAUGGAAGUGUGGCAUAAUAUCCGACAUCGGGAACAACCGGUCUCUUGGGUGAAUGGGGUUUGGUUUAGUCAAUGUAUUCCAAGGCACUCGUUCCAUCUUUGGUUGGUUAUUAAAAAUAAGCUCAAGACUCAGGACCGUUUAGCAAGCUGGGAAGCGGGGAGCGAUUAUAAUCUAAGACUUAUGUGCUGUCCAUUAUGUAAGCACGAUCGGGAUUCUAGGGACCACUUGUUUUUCAGUUGUUCGUUUGCAUCUCAAGUCUGGUAUAAUGUUAAGGAUUUGCUUAACAUGGGGGAUGUUAAUGAUUCGUGGCAAUCGAUCAUGAACUGGAUGGAUCAAAAGGCUAACUCAAGAAAGACGGAUCACAUUGUUGGUAAGCUAGUUAUUGCGGCGGCGUCGUAUUAUAUUUGGCAUGAGCGGAACAAUUGCUUAUUCUCUAAUAAAGUGGCCAAUGUUAAUGCGGAUAAAAUGCCGCCACGUGUAAGUGGAAGAGGAGGAAGAGGAAAGGCCCCAGUGUUAACAAGAAAUGAUCACGAAGCUGGGCCAUCUCACGGGCGCACACCAUCCGCUUCAAUCGGAUCGAGUCCACAUGAAGAUUGGAGGACCUACCUAGAGCCUGCGAGACGCUCUGUCUCGCUUAGCUCCUCGCCAUCAUAUCACGAUUCAUUCAAACUCCAUCAAAACAAUGAGUCCGACAACUCGCACCACUCCUUCAUCCCGUUGCAGUGUUCGGGUUCUCACCGUGCCUUUCAGGACCCGACCCCAUACUUCCAAAGCCGGUUCAAUCUGGUGAACCAGGUGCAAGAACCAGAGGAUCCAAACCCUUUGGGACCAGUUGAUCAUUAUCCUGAGAUGCAGGACAUGGAGAUGGAUGAAGAUCCAGAUCCCGAGAUGCCACCGAGUGGGACGCCGACGCAUCCCAUUGAGAUUUCUAGUGGAUCAUCAUUUCAUGGUUCGCCUUACAGGGGUCCAGACAGUUUUGCUGAAAUAUGGGUCACAUACAACUGGGAGUACCCUCCCCCUUUCAACCCACAACAUCAAUAG